AACCACACCAACAACCGCACCGACCCAUCUAAAAACCGACAUCAAACCGAGCGGAAACACUCCAACUGCUUUGUCAACCUUUCGAUUGAUCAUUCGAGUCCUUGGCUUGGAGACUUCAAACGAAAGUUGAUUCUCUGAUCUAUCUUCUAUCGGUAUUUGUAUCAACGCACUGAAUUGUUGUUUCUUUCCUCGCUCAACCUGUACCAGACGAUGUUUCGAAGAAGACCCAGAGAACCUCCAUCAACCUUACAUCUCCGUACGGGCGAUGCACCAAGGAGGAGACAACCGAUUGAUCCACCCUCUUCCAUACCAGAGCCUCGAUCAGAGGCGCCCACGAUUCAACUCACCAAUAGGCAACUUGACAUUCUACGUCAAAGGCAGGAAGGUCCGGAGAAUCGCGGUCUUCACCGACUAGAUCCCAGUGAUGAAUGCGCUCCACAUGAGGCAGCUGCAACAAGAGAACGGGAUGAAAACAAUACAGAGCAGUUGGUUGUAGACGAAAAUCAAGGGAGACCCACAGUUCCAAGAGAAGGAAAUCGGCCUGUAGCCAAAGCGAAACUGCACCAAGAAGUGCCGCGAAGUACUGCCUCGGUUAGUGCCAAAGGAACAUCUAGCGUCAAGUCAGAGAGACCAUUCACAACUCGGUCCAACAAAGGAGUGUCAAGAAGUGUGGCCUUGGCAUCCAAGAAGCUGAGCAAAGAAAGCAGAUCUGGAGUUGGACGUAGUUCGGUGUUCCGAAAACGAAACACCAGUGACAAUGAUACCGUCGUUUCGGUCAGCAGUGUGAAGAGUGCAGCCACAGCUGCCAGUGGACGCACGCAAUCUAGUGGCAAACCUGCCAUGUCAGAUCACGACAAGGCAGCUCUUCGCAAGCUUCUAGGGACGGGUUCAACUGAAAACAAACCAUACAAAUCGACUGCACCUGCUCCCAAGCCUUCGACUAAGACAACGCAGCCUCGUCUCCCAAUUAGGAGUGUUGCCUCUGCCCCAGCCCCCGUACCAUCCAUGCCGGCUGUUCCCAAUGAAAGGACCCUUCAGACCGAAAAGACUUCCACUGAAAGUGCUCCUGUAGCGGCGCCAGCACCUGCACCUUCUUUGUCUUCGUCAGGCAACGACCAGUUCGAUCAGAAGGAAUACUUGAGGAAUCUUAUCUCUUCUCGAGCGGCGGCCAACAAGCCGUCAUCGGUGCCCAAGAAGGAUCUACAGGUCUCUUCCGCUGCUUCAAAAAGUACAUCGAUGACAAAACAAUCUACUGUUUUAAGUGAUCGUGGAGAAGGCAUUUCAAUCCAAACUGAAAAAGUGAGGAAGACCGCGGAAGAUAGCAGCAGCUGCGAUCCCGUUUCAGAAAUCUCUGCAAAGUCCAGUGCAUCGGGUGCAUCCUCGACCUCGUUUGAUCAGAAAGCGAUACUGCGAAAGGUACUGGCGAAGACAAUGACAAAGAAGGGCAAAGACAAGCCCAAAAGGAAGUUAAGCCCCAAGAGCAAAGGAACAAAAAGCCCGAAGUUCGAGCAAGGUCGUAUCGAGAAUGCAGCAAUGACCCUUUCACGCAAGGUCUUGUCAGAUCAAUCAAAAGCAGUUAGCCCAAAAGGGCCAUCGAAAGGCUUGAAAGGAUACGUUCGCAGCAAGAUGGUUGGUUUGUCGAGAAAACCAUCUCGAGCGACAGCAAAGCAAGCAGGAGAGUCAAGAGAUGUGCAUAAUUCAAAUCUCGCAAAGACUACUAGUUCCGACAGCGCUGAUUCGGGGAGAGAUGCUGCGGAACAGCAGGCUAUCUCUCAAAUUCCAAGUCUAUCUAGUGACACCGGUGACGACGACAAAACGCGAACAACGGCUUCGUCGUCGAAUGUGUCGGAAAGUACUCAACCCGCGCAAGAAACAGGCCUGAAGGUGCUGGAGACAGCGGAAACAAUGGACACAGAUGAAUCAUCUACCAUCAUGGGCAACUUGCAAUCUGCAUCCAGUGAUUCUAUGCAGUACUCUAGUGAAGAGGGGUGCGAAGACACUGCUCUGAUCAAUCAGAAUGCGUUCAGAGCAAUUGACAAGCUUUCACGCGCCCCUCUUGAGCGUAAACCGAAGUCGAUGAACAGCAUCGAAGAAAAUGAAGAUGGAGGCUCAAAGAGGAAACAACUCACACUGCCCGGCAAAGCGAAACAUCGGGACCAAGGCUACAAUGACUUUGUUAAAGCACUGCAAGCAGAGGCUUCUGGCGCACAUUCCGAGCUUUGGUCUAGCUUUCAAGCAGUUAUGACUGGGUCGCCUCGAAGAGCUGCCGUCCCGACAUCCCAAUUCAAGUUUGACCCAAUGACAAAAGAUAUGCUUUCGGCCAUGAAUGCCCAUUUGAAGAGGCUUGCAAGAGUUGAAUGUGUGACAGCUACGCAGCUGGUCAAUGACAAAAGACUUGCAAAAGAAGUAGCAGCUGGUUUGUCUGCUCCUCCUUCUGCGUCUUCUCUCAGUGUGUUAGCGGCGACGAACACACGGGUUGUGGAUGAGGAACCGACCGCCAGUAAAAGUCUCAAUCUAAAGCCAACAGCGGCCCGCAAAUCUUGGGGCGUGAAGAAAGAGGUUCCUCUUCGACAAGGAUUGCAAGUCACUGCGGAACAACCUGGCAGCGAUGGAGCGAAAGAACACACAAGAACGACAGCCCCCGAUAUCCAAAAACCACCCCAGAAUCAUUCCUUUCAUCGCAAUCAACCAAGGGAAUGCAAUGCAGCAAAGGAGAAAGAAGAUCAUUGCGAGGCCAUCCAAGACACUUCUUCUGAAGGGAAUGCUGACAAGUCCCUUCAAACCAGAUCUGUCAUCGAGCCAAAGCAUGCAUUUCAUACGUCGACCCACAAAACGAAACCCGAUUCUGCCAUACCACUGCCUGGAUUGCUGAAAAAACCGACUCCUCCUCCUCCUUCUUCUUCAUCCUCUGAAAAACAUUCUUCAGAAGGGAAGACCACGGUAAAGCUAUUGAAAUCGAGACGGUCUAGUGAGCCCACUCAAAAGCUGUUGGCAGCAGCAAAUAAGCCUGAAAGUGAAGCAACCGUUCCAUGGUCAGGUGUCAGGCUUCGUGCUGUUUCCAAUUCAGGCCCGCAGUCAACACUACAGGUGGAGAGUCAAAACGAGAUCGAGCAAGGAGGUUCUCUUCCAUCUCCCUGGGCAAAUGUGAAACUUCGACAUAUCCAGGUAGAAGAGAAGGACAGCGCCGAGCUGGAGCAGGCAGAGCAGGAUCAAAUGCAAGAAAACGAUUCCCUGAUACCGGUAGUUGCCCAGGGAGCUGAGGUUCCAUCCACGACAUACACUAAUUUAGGACAACCAGAGCCAGAAUCAGAUUGCAGCAUCUUUUGCGACAAAUCGAGCGAUGCGGCUUCCCAGGCUGAACAUGAACAGUACCAGCCAAUUCAUACGGCCGAUUUGCCUGAAGCCGUCAGUAACGACGAUGAUGAUGCCUCGACUUCUCGGCCGGCUCCUCAAGACAAACCGUGCCCCUUCAGAAAGUGUGAUACUGGAACGACUGUCUCCGGUGAAGAAGAAGCCGAAGUUUCAGAUGAGUCGGCUUUCGUCUUUGAAUUGAAAGGCACAACUGCAGCUCCUGAUCAAGAUCAAGAACAGGUCGUAAUCAGCAAGAGGUUGGUUAAGAUGCUGCGAUUGAAGCCUGACGAGUCCGGGACAACCGCCACAUGGAGCCUUCCAAGAGACAAGAUCAAAGCGCUCAAGCUGGAUAUGGAGUUUCAGCGCGUCAACUUGUUGCUUGUUGAGAGUAACGAUUCGAAGGUGCUCUCGUUCAGAGACUCCGCCGAUUGUCUCAAGUUUGCUAAUGCUUUCUACGAGAUGCCGAAUCCCAACGAACACAAUGAUAGAACCUUGAAAUCCAGGUCGACAGAAGAUUCGCAAGACACUACUAGUACUGUAAGCCUCGUCGAGUCUCUGAGCCACGAGGAGCAGCAAGUUUUGGAAACAUAUCGUCAAGCCCGGCGUACGAAACCCGCUGUUGACGCCCUUCGAACAGCUGUAGACAUGGCACCUGUUCAAGAUGCUGCGCCGAAAUCAGUAGGAAUACCAAAAGGAGCUUCUUUCCUCAAUGAUAUUCUGAAGCGGGGGGAGGACAACGAUUCAGCGACGCAUAAUGUAUCAGUAGGCACAAAGCGAGAGCCGUCAUCAUUGUUGGAUAAGUGCAAGCUGCCACUCGCUGAGAAAGAAUUGGAGGUUGCUGAAUCUUACCAGAAGAUGCUCAAGAUGAUGAUCCCCCCUGAAGCCGUGAGGCAUAAGAUGGCAAAGGAGGGCGUUAGUCCCAAGAUCGCUGCUUUUGUCUUGAGCGAAGCUGGUUUGCUUCCGCGCGACACCAGCUUCCCUGACGAUUUUUCAGACUUUGAGCGGCAAGCAACCAAGAUGUACAGGAGCAUGGUCGAGCUGGACGCCCCCCUUGACGAUGUGCGCCGUGAGAUGGAAAAAGACAAUGUCGACGAAAAGAUCGUGUCGGCGGUCUUGAACGAGGACAAAUCCUCCAAGAAGUCCAAGGCCGAGACAGGACCGAAACUCAGCGAAGCCGAAGAGGCAAUUGCGAGUUCGUAUCGCAAGAUGCUGAAGAUGAUGAUCCCAGAAGAAGCUGUGAGGCACAAAAUGAUGAAAGAUGAAAUCGAACCGAAAAUCGUAGCUGCCGUACUGGGCAGUGACACGUCAUCCAAGCCCUCCAAGCCACAGCUAACACCGGAAGAGGAACGCAUUGCAUCAAAGUACCAAAAGAUGCUGAAGCUAAACGUACCUCCAGAGGGCGUACGACACAAGAUGGAGAAAGAGGGGGUAGCAACCAAAAUCAUUAAUGCACUCCUGGGUACCGGUACGCCGGGAAGUGAUGCAAAAGCUGCAGCAGGCGGCUCCAAAGCCGCCAAGAGUAAGCUGGUGUCGCUUCAUUGGACUCCUUUGUCCGGAGAGGAACUCGACAAUAGCGUCUGGUGCGCAACGACAAAGCCAAAACGGAAGUCACAGCCCGCAAGGAGUGACAUUUCAAAGCUAGUAGAACUUUUCCAGAAGAAGAGCACGGUGAAAGUUAUGAAAGGCGCACCGAAGGACGGCAAUGACGACAAGGGUGUUGGAAAAGCCAAGUUGCUCGAUAUCAACCGCGCGAACAUAAUCGCAAUCAGUCUCAAAGCGUUCAAGGAUUUCUCCUAUGACGAGCUGGCCAGUAUAUUGCAAAACGUUGACCCACUGUGCAGACUUCGAGGUGAAAGGGUGCAGUUUGUUAGAGAUCUCUUGCCGACUGCGGCCGAAAUCAGCAACAUCAAGCGCUACUAUGGAAGCCCCGAUCGUCUUGUCCCUGCGGAACUAUGGUUUCAAAAGAUUGUCCACAUCAAACGGCUCGACGAAAAAGCACACGUUCUCCAUGCGAUGGAGGUGUUCGAGACAGAAGCUGCAGAAAUCCAGAAGAGCAUGCAUCUGUUGACUCGGGUGUGUACACAAGUCAUGGAGAGUGCAAGACUCCGUGAACUUCUUGACAUGGUCCUUCAGAUCGGAAACAUUAUGAACGAGGGAACGAGAACUGGUGGUGCCUCGGGCUUCAAGUUUGAUUCACUUUUGAGGCUAACACAAACAAAGAGUGGCGAUGGAAAGACCACGGUCUUGGAUUACAUGGUCACAAUUUAUGUUGCGAAGGGGCAGAAGCAAACGUUGAAUCUGUUGGAGGACUUUCCAGACUGCCAAGCAGCCAGCCGUAUGUUGAUCUCGGACUUGAUUGCAAACGUCAAGGAAAUCGACGAGAAGCUGCAAAAGUGCAAGAAAGAGCACGAACUGCUCGUUUCUGAGACAGGUGGCCCCAGCAUGCCCGCAGCGGCCGUGGCGAGUACUGCGAGUACUGGCCGUGUUCCAGUUGACUCACGCGUUCAGUCGUCUGCAAUCUCGGCCAGAGCGAGUGAAACAGACGCAGGAAAUGGAAAUACCAAGUCAGUCCAUGCCUCAGCAUUGAGUGAACAACACUCCGCUGGACCACGAGGCAAUGGCGACUCUGCCAAGAAGAGAAACGAUCUGCAAAGCGGAAUCAACAGAUUGAGUGAGUUCCUGACAAAAGCCGACCAAACUUUUGCAAGUCUGAAGCGAGACUGCAGCAACGCUGUGGAGACGUGUAGAGAAAUGUCGAAGUAUUGCGGUGAGAGCGGCGGUGAGCGCUCCACAGACGGAUUGCUUGGAAUUCUCUGCAAGUUCGCCUCCAACCUUGAAGCUGCCGUGCAGAAGCAUGAAAAAGUCAUGGAAGCUGAAGCCAAGAAAGCGGCAAAACUGGCUGCAGCACCAACAGCAAAGACUCACAAGAAGCCCGGAGGUAUUCAAGCUCAUAAGGGGCUUUCCAAAAACAACAAGAACGCUCCUGAUCGCUCGCUGACGAAGGGAACUUCAAAGUCUCAAAAGAAAGGGACAAAGGGUAAACAGGAGGACAAGCACGUGCAAAAGACUCAAGGAAAGGGGACGUCGCUGGUUCUGUUGGUGAAUGAACUUUUGAAAGAUGCGUCAGAACAAACAAAGCGAGACUUCUCACAAGGUGUCGUGUACACGAACCCUGAUGACAAGCUGAAAGCCAUUUAUGAGCGAGAAACAAGAGGCGACCACCGCGGACGUCGCACGGUUGAAAGCGAUAUCAUCUCGGCCAUCAACAAGCGAAGGCAAAGUGGGGAAGGAGGAGAAAGUCAACUUGAGCGAGUCAUUGACUGCAUCAACAAUUAUUCCGCAACUAGUGGUCCUGUCGACGAUGACACCUCCGACAGUACUACUAGUGACAAUUCCGAUAGUGAUACGCUUGAUGUUCACCCGACUGAUAGAUUCCAAGAUCUGCAGAACAGAUGGAAGGCCCUAAAGCAAACGGAAAUUAGGAGAAGCUCUCUUCCUUUUCCUUCUCCCACUCCUUCAGAAACCCAUCCUGGCACUGCUUUCCAGCCAAUUGACUUCCGCACUUCAAGAUAAAGUAGAUUUUGUUUGUACUUUUUGUACUUUUUAUUUAGUCAAAUAUGUCUUUACAUCCUC